AUGAAGAGAUCAGUUUGUUCCCUCUUGGAACAAUCAAGGCAAUCAAGAAAUAAUCAGAAUAAUCAUAAUCCCAAUCAAGGGCAGUUCCAGGAAGGGAAUCAGAAUUUUGGGAACACUCAAGGUCAAGGUUUCUCUAGACCAUCUCAGCAUCUUGAUAUACAGACUCUCAUGAACACCAUGAUAGCUCAGAUGAGCAAGUUACUGGCAACCGUAGAGUCUCAGCAAGCUGCCCUUAGCACUCAGCAAAAUGCUCUUAUCUCUCAGCAAGCUGCUCUCAGCUCUCAACAAGCACUGAUAGAGAGCCUCACAUGGCAAAAUCAAGGUGGUUGUAAUCAGUUUUCUAAUCAAGCCUCAUCUUCGAAUGGUAGAUUGCCAGCGAGCACAGAAAAUCCAAGGCACCAAGUGAAUGCAGUCACCACUAUGAGCGGAUUAGCAUUGAAGGAUCAUCCACUUCCUUCAAAUGAUCCAGUGCCUGAGAGAACUGAUAAGAAGGAUGAGGGCAUUCAGGUUGAGGAUGGCUUUGAUGAGAGUGGGGAGGAGCCUGUAAUUCAGAGAGAUAGUGCUAAAGGAAAAGCCCCUGUGCCAGAUGAGAGUACUCCGAGUAAGAAGCAUGAAAGGAAGAACAAGAAAGUAGAUAACUCGGUUAUACCUUGCAACCUGUUACCAUAUCCACAGAGGUUGUGGAAAUCAAAGGAGUCUGAUAGAGAGAGCGAGUUCCAUAAGAUGUUAGAUAAGUUGGAGAUCUCCAUGCCUUUUGUUGAAGCAAUCACUCAGAUUCCAUCGUACAAGAAGUUUCUGAAGAAUAUUUUAGGCAAUAAGAAAAAGGCAGGGAAGAGUGCGGUGGUGGAUCUGAGCGAAGGAGCCUUGACCUGUGCAGUUCAUCAACAUAAACUACCUCCUAAGCUGAAAGAUCCAGGUAGUUUUGCCAUCCCUUGCAUCAUUGGUGGAUUUGUAGUUAGGGGUGCUCUAUUUGAUCUGGGUGCCAGUGUUAGUCUUAUGCCAUAUUCUUUAUGCAAGAGGCUCAACUUAGGCACACCAAAACCCACCUCCAUGAUCCUACAGAUGGCGGAUUGCUCCAUUAAGCGUCCAGUGGGAGUUCUUGAGGAUGUCCCGGUCAUGAUUGAUCAGUAUUUUAUACUGGGGGAUUUCGUUGUUUUGGAUAUAGAGGAAGAUGCCAAGGUUCCUAUUAUACUUGGUAGACCUUUUCUAGCUACUGCAGGUGCACUUAUUGAUGUGAGGAGAGGAAAACUCGUGAUGGAGGUGGCUGAGAACAAGAUCGAGUUUGACAUAUUCAAAAUGGCGAAGCACCAGCCUUCGUAUGUUGAUGAGUGUUACUUGAUAGAAGGGCUGGAUGAGCGCAUUGAUGAAAGUACAAAGAGUGAGUUAGGGGACUUGCAUGUUCUCCCAAUUGAUCCUGAACCCCCUGAAAAGUCAAGUUUGCUGAAACGAAAGGAAAAAUUCUUUGGUUCCGAUGGUUUCUACAAAAGAUGGAUGAGGGAGCUGGCUAAGUUCAGAAAGCCACCGGAUCGCGUGGCUCCCAAUCUCACCUGA